CAAUUUUAGCGCGAAAUGAACUUGUUGAGACGUGGUGAUGUUUAAAUCACGAUAAUUCCUGAAAGCUACCUUUAGAUACAUUAUUAUAUCUUGAUAGUUAUUCAGUUUAACUCUCCUCAGCUUCAAUCUUGAAUCGAUGUAUAUCAAGUAUGCAUAAACAUACAGAUUCUGUCAGUGCAAAUGCACAGUGUAUUCCACCAAAUUCGAAAGACGAGAAAAAUAAUGUUUUAACUGCUUAUCAUACUCUAAUAUUUUCAAAAAAAGACAAGGACUGCUUCGAUGUCGCAAAUAUUGAACGCAAAUCUCUUGCUGUGAAGUAUAUGACAACAAAGUUAGCCGAUUCAGAAGAUACAGCAGCCGUGCUGCUUCGAAAGGGUCUUGAAGAUUAUCACAGCCUGAUGAAGGAUAAAAACGGAGUAAACAAUUACUGGAAACAGAUUAAAUCUCAACUAUCGGACACAAAAAACGAUCCAUUGAAGUGGAAGUCAGAAUUAAAAGAUGUGGACGCUACAUUAAAUUUUAUAAAACCUUUGACUUGUCAGAAGCUCAAUACUCUACCUUGUAUAGGAAGAUCUUAUAGUGAUAGGGAUAUAGAGAAACUAAUGAAUAACUCAAAGAAGAAAGAUAUAGAAAGAAAUAGAAAAAUCUGUUCACAGUUACAAGCAGCUUCUAGUCAGAAUUCAAGUCAAAAACGUUCAUUGAAGCCUAAUAACACACAUAGUGAACAAAAUAUAUCUACGUAUUUCACAAACAUUCCUAGAAAUUUUAAUAAGCAUGUAAGUUCCUCCAAACAGAAUGUUCCCAAAGUACAAACAAAUAGUCAAUCUUCCUAUCAGAAUUUGGACAGAUUUGUGCAAAAAGUGCCUCCUAAGUUAAGCAAUAAUAAUAUGAAUGGUAAAAGCUCGUACAGACCAAUAAAUCCUCAUGUGCUACAAUUAAAACCAGCUGCUCCUCCACAGACUAUCAGUGAGAACGCCAGUACACAAAAAAUCGAUUUCGACUCCUUUAGAAGCGCCAGGGACGAAUUGUACAUCCAAGAGAUGAAGAAGAACAAGUCAGCGCCAAAGAAGACUUUAGGUGGUCGAGGGGCGGUUAAUUCUCAAUUCAUCUGUCCUUUUAAACGCGAUAACGAAGAGUCGACGCAGAGUUACAAUACGCCGCAAGGUAAAGCGAACGAAGAAAUGGAGGAUGAAAGACUGAAGAACAUUGAUCCAAAUAUGAUCGAAUUGAUAAAAAAUGAGAUCAUGGAUUCAGGUAAAACGAUAACGUGGGAUGACAUCGCAGGGCUCGAGUACAUAAAAAAAAUCAUCAAGGAGGUAGUAGUGUUCCCCAUGUUAAGACCGGACAUCUUCACGGGUCUCCGUCGUCCGCCCAAGGGGAUUUUGCUGUUUGGCCCACCCGGAACAGGAAAGACCCUCAUCGGCAAAUGCAUAGCUUCGCAGAGCAAGUCUACAUUUUUUUCGAUUUCAGCGAGCUCCCUGACUUCCAAGUGGAUCGGCGAUGGCGAGAAGAUGGUACGCGCGUUAUUCGCAGUGGCCAAGGUUCACCAGCCAUCCGUCGUCUUCAUCGAUGAGAUCGAUUCGUUAUUGACGCAGCGUUCGGAGACGGAGCACGAGUCCUCCAGGAGGCUGAAAACGGAAUUUCUGGUGCAGCUAGACGGCGCAGCAACAUCUGAGGAAGAUCGUAUUCUAAUCGUUGGUGCAACCAAUCGACCGCAAGAGCUGGACGAGGCGGCGAGAAGACGUCUCGUUAAGAGAUUGUAUGUUCCUUUGCCAGAGCUCGAAGCGCGCAAACAGAUAAUAAAUAAUUUAUUGAAGUCGGUGAAUCAUGAUCUUAAUGACGAGGAUAUUAUGAAAAUCGCGGAGAAAUCGGUGGGAUAUUCCGGCGCCGAUAUGACUAAUCUCUGCAAGGAAGCGAGUAUGGAACCGAUCCGGAGCAUUUCCUUCAGUCAACUUGAAGAUAUAAGAAUGGAGGAAGUGAGACACAUAACGAAUAGUGAUUUUGAACAGGCGUUAAUCAACGUGCGACCCAGUGUGUCUCAGUCGGAUUUAAAGAUUUACAUCGAAUGGGAUCGUAUUUAUGGUUCUGGUACUGCUCAGAGUUAUCAAACCUAA